UCUAAGAAUAUUGAAGGAGUUAAGGCAAGAUGCUCCACACACACCUAUUCUGAUGACAUGACUGAUGAAGAUUUAGCCAAGGAAAUCAAGAAAUUUUUGAAGGAAGCAAAGUAUUUUAUUGUUAUGGAUGAUGUUUGGACCGUCGAAAACUGGGAUGAACUCAAAAUUGCUUUCCCCAUGAACAAUGGGAGCAGGGUUUUGGUUUCGACACGCCACAAUGUUGUGGCUAUGCAUGCCAAUUCUAGAGGUGACCCUCAUGACCUAAAGUUUUUAACUACGGAUGAAAGUUGGGAGCUACUUCAGAAGAAGGUCUUCCGGGAGGAAAGCUGCCCUAGCGAGUUAAAAAGGCCCGGGGAAACCAUUGCUAAAGAAUGCGGUGGACUUCCACUAGCAAUAGUGAUUAUAGCUGGUACUCUCUUAGGUAAACCAAAAACGAGUGGGGCAUGGGACAAGGUAGCUGAGAGCAUCAGUGACUUCAUGAAACUGAAACUACAAAGCUACGACUACCUAAUGCGAAUGAGUUACGACCAAUUGCCUUAUGACCUUAAGAGUUGCUUCCUUUAUUUCGGGGCUUUUCCUCGAGGAAAUGAGAUUCCAGCCGGAAAACUCAUUAGGUUGUGGAUUGCUGAAGGGUUUAUUGAGGAAGAGGCACAAUUGUUAACCUUGGAGGACAUAGCUCAUGAGAAGUUGAGUGAUCUUGUGAAUAGGAAUCUGGUGAUGGCUAUGCAAAGAAAGUCGAAUGGACAAAUCAAAACUUGUCGCGUUCAUGACAUGUUACAUGAGUUCUGCAAGAACGAGGCCAAAGAGGAGAUUCUAUUCGAAGAAAUCAAUACGAGCAGGCAGCUAGAUACUUGUCGCCGCCUUUGUGUCCAGUGCAAUGUUUCCGAGUUCCUCUCUUCAAAUCUUUCUGCUGAGCAUGUCCGUUCUUUGUUAUGCUUCUCCUCGAGCAAAUAUGAACUGGCUGCAGAAAAAAUUCAGUUCAUUCGCGAAACAUUUCCACUCCUAAGGGUGUUACACACCGCACCAGAUGAAUCCAUCAUUUUGACACGAUUUCCUAAAGACAUGACUAAAUUGUUCCAUUUAAGGUACGUUGCAAUUUCGACUACCCUCAAGAUCCUUCCUCAAGCCAUUGAUAGCCUGUGGAACAUGCAAACUCUUAUAGUUAGGACAACGCAAAGCACCCUUGAUAUCAAAGGAAACAUAUGGAAAAUGACACGAUUGAGGCACGUUCAAACAAAUUCAUCUGCUCAAUUGCCUCCACCUUCCUCGAAGAAAGAUCCGUUUACAAAUAGAAACUUGCAAACACUUUCAAGGAUUUCACCUGAAAGCUGCACGGCAACUGCACUGGCUAAAGCUCCGAAUUUGAAUAACUUGGGUAUACAAGGAAAUUUGGCUAAGCUUUUUGAAACCAACAAGGAUACUGAGUCCAGUUUGUUCAAAAACCUUGGAGAAUUGAAGUUGUUGGAGAAACUGAAGCUGCUGAAUCAUGGUGGGAAUGUGCAACGCCUCCCUCAAAAAUAUGAAUUUCCCCAAAAGAUUAAGAAGCUGACCUUGUCCAAUACCCACCUCGAAUGGACUGAAUUAUCUAUAUUGGGAUCACUGGAGUACCUUGAAGUUCUGAAAUUGACCGAAAAUGCAUUCAAAGGAGAGGAGUGGGAGCCAUCCAAAGGUGGCUUUCCUUGUCUCCAAUUCUUGAGAAUUGAGAGGACAGAUUUGAAGACUUGGAAGGCUUCUAGCCUCCACUUCCCGUUACUAAAGAGUCUCAUUUUUAGACAAUGCCAUAAUCUGGAGGAAGUCCCACUUAAUCUGGCGGACAUAGACAAUCUUCAGGAGAUGGAGCUGAAUCGUACCAACCCAAAUGCUGCACAGUCGGCUUGGAAGAUUUUACAAAUAAAACAAGUGAAAGAGAAGGAAGUAAAGGAGAAAGGAGGAAACCCCCGGAGAUUCAAGCUUAAUAUCUAUCCUCCUGAUGAGCUCAAACUUAUACAGCAAAUUUAAAAAUGCCAUGGUGUCAUCUAGAUGAUCUUUUGAGUUGUGCAGGUGAACUGUAUUGGUCUAAGCGUGGGUUUGUGAAGGGCAUGAACUGAGGACAUUUGUAUGCAGAUGAGAUGGUAGCAUUCUGGUGUGGUCUACCCAAUCAUUGGUUUGGCAAAAUUCUUUGUGCUUUGUUUUGUGUGGUGAGAGCUUAUGUUUUUGGGGAUUCAAUUUGUUAUUUGUGGUGGUUGUUAUUCAUUGUGGAUUUGGAACACAUUGGAACUAUGGUCAAGAUGUUUGCAUUUCUGUUAUUUCCACUUGUUUGUUUAUUUAUGGAUCUUCAUUUCCUUUCCUUUCCUUGGGUUGCCUUUAUGAUUACACUACAACUAUGUUAAUAAUUUCAUCAAGGGAGACUGGGAGAGUGUGUCUCCAUUUUCUACUUCUUUAGUUCUUUGUCAA